AUGCAGUACACCAAGCUCCUGGCCCUGGCCACCAUCUUCAUAUCCAGUGCCCUCGCCGCCCCGGUAGAGGUAGAAGCUCGCGCGUGUGCUGCGACUUGCGGUACAGUCUGCUAUACCAGCAGUGCCAUCAGCGCCGCCCAGGCAGCGGGCUACAAGCUCCAAGCCGCGAAUGACGAUGUCAACGACUACCCCCACGAAUACCACAACUACGAGGAUUUCGACUUCCCCGUUUCCGGAACUUACUACGAAUUCCCCAUUCUCAGCAGUGGCAAGGUUUAUACUGGUAGCUCUCCUGGUGCGGACCGUGUUGUCUUCAACGGUAGCAACAAGCUAGCUGGUGUUAUUACUCACACUGGUGCUAGUGGUAACAACUUUGUGGCAUGUACCUAG